AUGGCUAACAGCACCACGACAGCUGUUAAGGUUAUGAACCCUGGUGUUGCUGGCAGAAGUAGUCCAGAGGGAUCCCAGGUCAGUUUUGACUCACCAAACUUAAUAAAGAUGCUGCAGAUAGAUAAGGAUGUGUAUUGACCAAUACCUGCAUUCCAGUAGACUUGUUAAACAGUUCUUCCUUUUUCCAGGUCCUCAGUAAGAAGAAGCUUCAGGACCUGGUGAGAGAGAUUGAUCCAAAUGAGCAACUGGAUGAGGAUGUUGAGGAGGUCUGUUUGUGAUUUUUCUCAUUUCAAGAAUAUGUGGCUUUGAGUUUUGUAGUGCAGGGUAAUCAUACUUACCUACAGCCGUAUCAAUCAUUUUGAAGUCUUAAUCUUUGCAAAACAUUGCCAUAUAAUCAGAGACCAGAGCAGCUGAAGUAAAAUCGAGGAUUUUUCGGCUGCUGCAGGAUGUCACUUUUAUUCCUGAACAUAGCUGAUGGCUUUUCAAAUUGUGUGUCUCUUCCCAGAUGCUCCUACAAAUUGCAGAUGACUUUAUAGAAAGCGUAGUGACAGCAGCUUGUCAACUGGCACGCCAUCGCAAGUCAAACACAUUGGAGGUGAAGGAUGUUCAAUUACACCUUGGUAAGUUUGUGUUUCUCUUAUUUGCAUUAUUCAUUUUUGCAAACACUUGUAAUUCUCAUUUAUUUACAUAUUUGUUUGGUUGUUUGGUUUGGUUGUAACUUCUGUUUUACUCAGUGAGGGUUUUAGGGUGUCUAUUGGUCCCGCUUUAAGUUCUCCAAAUCUCAAGUCUGUAAUUACUGUGCUAUAAUUCUUUAACAAGUAUUUGCUUCCGGUAAAUUAUGCGCAAACUGCCCAACAUAUUCGAUGCAUGAAUCAUAUUUUUGCAGCUGACCCGUUCUGUCAAAACUUCAAGUGUGCUGGAGCUCUUAAAAAGUUAUGAGUAAAACUCUCUGUGCAUAUGUAAGCAGAAUUGACACUAAUUGUGAGAAGCAGACUUUCCCUUUAAAACUUUACUCAAAUUUUAAAGAAAUCGCAGCUUGAAGGAAAGUCUUCCCAGAUCUUUGUUCUGCAGAGAGAAUGAAAAAUCAGCUUUGUUUGCAAUAUUAAUUUGAAAACUUUGGCAUGUUUCUACCCUUUAUUUAGUUAAAUUGUGCCUCUUUUAAGGCUGCAAACAUUAAUAGGCUGAAAAAGAAAGACGUUUGUGAGAAAUUUCCAGAGAAUUUCAGGGUGAAAACUCAAACACUGGCGGGCAUGUCUCGACUCUUUCGCUUUUUUUUACAAUGAACAAAUGCUGAAUGUCACAGCAGGGAUAAUUAAGGCAGCAGAAAAAAAUAAUGGUUUGCUUUGCAGACUUGACAAAGUAAUAAAUGGUUUUGAAGAAUAGAAAAUAUCUUGAGUUUUUCCUGGUAAAGUUUCCAAAAAGGCUGUUGGAAAUAUGAGCUUUUUAUAUUUCUUAAGUUUUGGACAUCAGUAUGAAUAAAUUGGAACUCUGGGGUAAGUCUUACAGUGUGUAUGAUUAACAUAUAUCCUUCUGACUAAUUAUCCUUCUCAUCUCAGAGCGUCAGUGGAACAUGUGGAUCCCUGGUUAUGGCUCAGAUGAGAUCCGGCCGUUUAAGAAGGCCUGCACCACAGAGGCUCAUAAACAGGUGAGCAAACCGAGUUUUUGUUUUCUGUUACUAGGUACAAUAUUCCUGUUUACCGCACAGGCCCUUAUCACAACAGCUUAACACAUGCCUAACUUUGAUUUUUUGCAUUUUUUUUCUCAUUACAGAGAAUGGCGCUGAUCCGCAAGACAACCAAAAAGUAG